UUUUUUUCAACACUUCACAACAUUCACUGCCAAGCUGGUGUUUGGCCUUCUGAGGAUUUGGAGGCAACAGAGGGCAGAGGCAGAACACUUCCUCAACCUGAUGACCAAUAGCAGGCUGUCAUCACCCUGAUCGUCAGCUUGAUGUGUUCUUACUUCUUUCUCCGCAUCGAAUGCUCACAAGCACUUCAUCGGCAGGAAGGUGAACACUUGUAUGAUCUGUUUUGGAUGUGCGUCAUAUUUGUCUUUGUCGAGAUGGAAUGGAAUGGAACACUGAUGCUCGGUCUUGGUGGCUACGUAGAGAUAGAAAAGUACAGAUAUGUUUAUAUGACGUUUUUCAUGGCACUCUAUGUUCUCAUUCUCUGCUCUAAUUGUGUCAUAAUUUGUGUUAUUUGGAUUCACAGGAACCUUCAUGAGCCAAUGUAUGUUUUCAUUGCCGCUUUGUCUCUCAACUCGCUUGUGUUCAGCACUGCUAUCUACCCCAAACUGAUUGUAGACGUCUUGUCUCAGCAGCAGAGAAUUUCUUAUUGGGGCUGUUUGGUCCAGAUUUUUAUCUUCUACAGUUUAGCUGGUUCCGACUUAAUGUUGUUGUCAGCCAUGGCUUACGACAGGUAUGUGUCUAUCUGCAGGCCACUGCAAUAUGCAACCACCAUGGGCACGACCACUGUCAGGGUUUUCUUGGCUCUGGCUGGGUUUUUGCCAGCCUGUCACCUGUCGGUGGCAAUUAUCAUUCAGUCCAAACAGAAAAUAUGCAGCUUUACUCUGGAGGGAAUUUUUUGCAACACUACGAUGAUUAAGAUUCACUGUACGACACCAUUCCAACUUAUAGUGUUUACUUUCACAGGUGUAACAUGUAUGACAGUCAUACCUGCGCUGUUCAUCCUCUUCACGUACAUAAAGAUAUUCAUUGCCGCCUAUCGUAGCCAAGGAGAAGUCCGGAAAAAAGCCAUCGAUACAUGUUUGCCUCACCUGAUUGUUUUAAUCACCUUCACCUGUUUGGUUUUCUUUGACGUUGCCAUAGGGCUUCUGGAGUCUGUGCUUCCAAAAACUGUGCGACUGAUUAUGAGUCUCCAAAUAGUGGUGUACAAUCCUCUGUUUAAUCCAAUCAUAUAUGGCUUGAAGAUGAAAGAAAUCCGGAAACACAUCAAGAGACUGUUGUUGUUUUGA